AUGGCACUACUAGCAGCGAGUUGUGAAGGUACUGGUUUAGAUCCCAUGGCCUUCAAUGACCAUCAUGGGAACCUGGUACUGGAUCGAUUACGUUACCAAAGAGAAACUGGGAGAUUUUGUGAUGUUUCUAUUUUGGUCAAAGAUAGACAGUUUUGUGCCCACCGAACUAUUUUAGCGUCUUGCAGCCCAUAUUUUGAUUCAAUAUUCAAAGCAACAAAAGUUGUGAAAGAACAGGUUGUGGUGAACUCCAACUCUCCAAAAGCUUUCGAAUUAUUACUUAAUUAUAUGUAUAGUGGAAGUGUUGUCAUUGAUCGUUCAGCAGUUACUGAGCUGCUAAGACUAGCAAACAAUUUUUUGGUGACCAAACUGAAAAGCUACUGUGCGGAGUACCUAGAUAGAUAUCUAGAUGCUGCGAACUGUCUUUCAGUGAAAGCAUUAGCAACGAAAUACAAUCUACCUAGGUUGUUGAGCGCUUCCAGCGAAUACUUUGAUGCAAAUGUGAACCGGUGCCUUUUAGAAUCUGUAGAUAUUCUUCAAUAUCCCAUAACACAGUUUACUGCUGUUCUAGAAGAUCCCAAAUUUCAAGACGUUAUAUGCCCUGACACUCAUUUAAAAUCGGUGAUAAGAUGGAUCGAAGUUGAUAUUCCUGCCCGUGACGGCUACUUUAGACAAUUAAUUUUAAACUGUAAUUUUCAGCAGGUUCCUCCUGAACUUUUAGAGGAAAUGUUGGAUUACUCUGCGUUGCUGAAAGAAAAUCAUCGUUAUCGGCAUUUCAUUCUUCUUACAAUGAGGCGAUUGGGUUUACCGUUAGAGAAGUAUGAACAACAACUGACUACCCUGAUGCAGCAAUAUGGAGAAAAUCCUUUGCCUCUCAAAGUGAACCGCGAGCCUGUGUUGCCUCCAGAGGAGCCAAUGGAAGAAGAUCCACUCGAAGAUGACAUGGACGACUGUCCAGUUGCGGGUCAUCCAUCUUCAAAUGUGAUCUUGAGUAGCCUUUCCCAAUCAACAGCUGAGAACACUGCUGAAAAUUCUGACGAAAAACCACGACUACGUCUUAAAAUCAAUCUCGGAGCCUUCCAAGAACGUAAAAGGUUGCCAAAUAAGGUGGAAAACAAGCUUUUCCGGAGGGCCAUUGUUAAUUCAUAUCAGAAGAAACGAGGAAGGCCUCCAAAGGAAACACAAGGAAACGAAAUCUUACCCAUUAUGGAUGAUGAAGAUAUUGAUGGAGUUUACGCUACAUCAACGUUGGAGGGAAAUGUUGUUACUUACACUGAUGACGAUAUGGUUGAUCCUGAGGACGUUGACGAGGGUGAAGAUAACGGGGUGGAGAACGGAACCUACAAAUGUACAUUCUGUAGAUUCUCUUGCAUGCUAGAGGAAGAUUUGGAGAAACACAAAGCUCGCAUUCACAAUAAGAAUACCAUAUAUCUUUGUCAACUUUGCGAUUUCGAUGCCACUUGGAAUAAACAGUUUUAUGAGCAUUGUCGUAAAUUGCAUUGGCCUUCUGCUCCUUAUAACUGUGACCAAUGUGCUUUCGUUGCUCCAAACAGGAUUCAGGAUCUUCUUUGUCAUCGUUUGACACAUACGCAAGAUAAUUUCUUCAAAUGUAUUGAGUGUGGAUUCCGGGCUCGAACCAGAACUCAGUUGUGGGCACAUGAACGUAUGCAUAGCUGCCUCGAUGAUCGUUUAAUGCAUUGCGAGGAAUGUGGCAGAGGUUUCAACAGUGAUGCUUCAUUUCAACUUCACCAAUCUACACAUGAUGACCCAAGACCUUAUGUAUGUGAAGAUUGUGGUUUCGCAUCGAAUAACGUUGAUCAUCUUUCUGUGCAUAGGAAGCAGCAUACAGGAGAUUUGUGUUAUUGUCAUAUUGAAGGAUGUGAUUAUGUGUCUCCUAAAAAGAGUCAGUUAGCUGCUCAUCUCAGAACUCAUAUGGCCGUGAGAUCCCAUAUGUGCAAGAUGUGUGGGCGUGGAUUCAUCGAAAAAUCUCACCUUGUUCGUCAUGAACGCAUUCAUUUGAUUGAUAAGCCAUUCAAAUGCGAUAUGUGUGACUACGCUUCCAGUCGGCGAGAUAAAUUGAAGGAGCAUAUACUGAAACACCACAAUGGAAACUCAACGGGAACUAAGGGUCAUCGCCGUCGAUACCGCCGAGCUCGACAACUCGCCGUGUUAACAGCUCAGGCAAAACUCACUCCUCAAGAUGCAUUGUUCCGACCGAUCCCUCAGAAUGAGAGCGUUUCGGAAUGGGCAGAAAACCAAGCUAAUUUCGGCCAAGGAGAAACUUCACAGUCAUUUGAACGCUCUGAUCCUCAAACAUCAUAUCGAAAUCAAGAACCUCAAACUUCUUAUCAAAACCAAGAUCCUCAAUCCUCAUACCCUCAAUUGGAACCCUCUACCUCUUACCAAACAAAUCAAAAUGAAACUACAAACUUCUCACCGCAACGAGCUUUUUCUGUCACGCACCAACCCCCUCAACCUAUGACCGCUUUAUCACCCGGAUCUAUGUCGUUAAUGAAUGUUCACCUGGGUGGUUCUGAUCUUAUGGAUAAGCAUAACUUAUCAGACCCUCUAGCGUCACCUCUAGUGACUCCGUCUCCUGGUUCUCCAUCUGAUAUAUUCAUGGAGUCCCAUAUGAGCAAUGUAGAAGAGAUCUCAAAUAUGCCUCCUGAGGCUAUUCACCGACCGAUGAGUUUACCACCUUAUGGUCAGCAACAGAACCAGCAUCACAUACAGCAGGGUCAAUGGUGGUGA